AUUCAGGAACACCGGAAUUGUAGAAGAGAUAAACUCCAAAACAAGGAGUGCAAGCCCAGAACCCACGGAGCGGUUAGUCAGCCACCGAUAUUUGGAAACCUGCCUCCCACCGGUCGCAAACGUCAUCGUCCUUGUUUUCUUCGCUUUUCACCGAAAGGGCCUUUCCCCACAUCAUCAGUCUCUCGGUCCAUUCUGAUCACUCUUCCUGCCUCUUUGUGUUCUGGUCCUCCGGUCCUCUGCCCGCCACUACACUCCGUACCCCUUCCCUCUCUCCAAAAAGUUUCUUUCUCUUUACUCCACGCGCCCUGUCUCUCUUUAACAUCUAAUUCUCCAUCAUGGCGGAAUUCGUACGAUCCCAGAUCUUCGGCACGACCUUUGAGAUCACAAGCCGGUAUACGGACUUGCAGCCGGUAGGCAUGGGUGCCUUCGGCCUGGUCUGCUCGGCGCGAGACCAAUUGACCGGCCAGCCGGUCGCCGUCAAGAAGAUCAUGAAGCCCUUCAGCACUCCGGUCCUCUCUAAACGUACCUACCGCGAGCUGAAGCUGCUCAAGCAUCUCCGACACGAGAACAUUAUCAGCUUGAGCGACAUCUUUAUCUCCCCCCUCGAAGACAUCUACUUCGUCACUGAGCUCCUCGGAACUGAUCUCCACCGCCUCUUGACCUCUCGCCCACUGGAGAAGCAAUUCAUCCAGUACUUCCUCUACCAGAUCCUCCGUGGAUUGAAAUAUGUCCACUCCGCCGGUGUGGUCCACCGUGAUCUGAAGCCCAGCAACAUCCUCAUCAAUGAAAACUGCGACUUGAAGAUCUGCGAUUUCGGUCUGGCCCGAAUUCAGGACCCGCAGAUGACCGGCUAUGUGUCCACAAGAUAUUACCGCGCCCCCGAAAUCAUGCUCACCUGGCAAAAGUACGACGUGGAGGUCGACAUUUGGAGCGCGGGCUGCAUCUUCGCCGAGAUGCUUGAGGGAAAGCCGCUUUUCCCUGGAAAGGACCACGUUAACCAGUUCUCCAUCAUUACUGAGCUGCUGGGUACGCCCCCAGAUGAUGUGAUUCAGACCAUCUGCAGUGAGAACACUCUGCGAUUCGUCAAGUCUCUUCCUAAGCGCGAGCGCCAAAACCUGGCUAAUAAGUUCCACAACGCUGAUGCCGAUGCCGUCGAUCUGCUCGAGCGCAUGCUCGUGUUCGACCCAAAGAAGCGCAUUCGCGCCGACGAGGCCUUGGCUCACCCAUACCUGGCACCCUACCACGAUCCUACCGAUGAGCCCGUUGCCCAAGAGAAGUUCGACUGGUCCUUCAACGAUGCCGAUUUGCCUGUCGAUACUUGGAAAAUCAUGAUGUACUCGGAAAUCCUCGACUUCCACAACAUCGAUCAAGCCAACGAGGCUGGCCAGGCGUUAGUCGCGGGUGCAGCGCAAGAUGGCAUGGCUCCUCAAACCUACGUAUAGGUGAUAAUCUGCAGCCAUGCUAGUCUUCCUUGUUUUUACAUUGUUUCUCUCUGUCGGUUUUCACUGCACAUGAAAGCCCAAAUCAGCUUAUGAGUGUUGGGGGUAUGCCUUUUCAAGUUGGCGUAAAUGUUGUUAUUUCUCGGUCUCCUAUCUGAUGACUUUUAACUUCUUUUCGUUUUUCUUUCUUUUCCACUUCCUCUCUUCUGUUGAAGUCAUUGUCCAUAGCUCUUCCGGCGUUGUCGUCAAGAAUCGGUUGGUGAGGGGAAAUUCCGUGGUCUCGAGCGUUGUCGCGUUGUGACGUACAUGUUGUGUACUGUCUCCCUUUAAUCUACAGUACCAGUACCUAGUGUCGAUGGUGCUCUACACAGCUAAUUUCCACAUGGGAGUACGAAAUAAAUUAG